AUGGCGGAGCGCGUGCAGCAGCCCCCAGCCAAGCGGCUCUGCUGCAGACCGGGGUACGGUGCAGCAUGUCGGCAAGGCCAGCGGGCCGCGGGGGCGCAGUGUGGCGGCUCCGGUGCCACCCAGGGCGAGUCGAGCAAAACCCAGAACCCGGAGACUCUCCUGGACAUCGCGGCGAGGAAAGUCGCGGAGAAGUGGCCGUUUCAAAGGGUAGAGGAGCGUUUCGAGCGGAUCCCGGAGCCCGUUCAGAGACGGAUCGUUUACUGGUCUUUCCCCCGGAGCGAACGGGAAAUCUGCAUGUACUCGUCGUUCAACACCGGCGGGGAGGAGAUCGGAAGUAGCGGGGAGAGCAGCGACGAAACGCGGCUGCCUUUCCGACGGGGCAUCGCUCUGCUGGAGAGCGGCUGCGUGGACAACGUACUGCAAGUCGGGUUUCACCUCAGCGGCACAGUAAGGGAACCUGCCACAUCCUCCGAGCCCGAGCUGCUCUGCAACGUGAGCGUCAGCUUCGACCGCUGCAAAAUCACCGCGGUAACGUGCGGCUGCGGCAACAAGGACAUCUUCUACUGUGCCCACGUCGUGGCGCUCUCGCUGUACCGAGUACGGAAGCCCGAGCAGGUCAAACUGCGUCUGCCCAUCUCAGAGACUCUAUUCCAAAUGAACAGAGAUCAGCUGCAGAAGUUUGUUCAGUACUUGAUCACGGUGCAUCACACCGAGGUGCUGCCGACGGCUCAGAAACUGGCCGACGAGAUCCUGUCGCAGAACUCGGAGAUCAACCAGGUUCACGGAGCUCCAGAUCCGACGGCGGGCGCCAGCGUGGACGAUGAGAACUGCUGGCAUCUGGACGAGGAGCAGGUUCAGGAACAGGUCAAGCUCUUUCUCUCCCAGGGCGGGUACCAUGGCUCGGGGAAGCAGCUCAACUUACUGUUCAGCAAGGUGAGAGAGAUGCUGAAGAUGAGGGACUCCAACGGAGCUCGCAUGUUAACGCUGAUCACAGAGCAGUUCAUGGGCGACCCCAGACUGGCGCUGUGGAGGCAACAGGGAACCACCAUGACUGACAAGUACAGGCAGCUGUGGGACGAACUAGGAGCCCUGUGGAUGUGCAUUGUGCUGAACCCCCACUAUAAGCCCGAGCAGAAGGGUUUCUGGCUUCGACAGCUUCGCAGGUGGAACAGCGUGGAUGUCUGCCCCUUGGAGGACGGUAACCAUGGCAGCGAGCUGACCAAUCUGACCAACGCUCUGCCCCAGGGCCCUCCUGGCAACCCAGAUUCGCUGACUCGGCCCCACCGGACGGUGUUCACGCGAGCGAUCGAGGCCUGCGACCUGCACUGGCUGGACCCCCACCUGCAGCACAUCAUCACAGAGGACCACUACACCAACUACUGUUACCAUGACAACCUCAACAGCUCCCUCUUCGACGCCCGAGGGUGGCCCCUGUGGCACGAGCACGUUCCGACUGCAUGUGCCCGGGUGGACGCGCUCAGAUCACACGGGUACCCCAAGGAAGCCCUCCGGCUAGCCAUCGCCAUAGUCAACACGCUGCGGAGGCAGCAGCAGAAACAGCUGGAGUUCUUCCGCACUCACAAAAAAGAGCUGCUUCAUAAAGGCAUAACGUCAGUCACCAACCUGGAGGGUUGGGUGGGCCACCCACUGGACCCCAUCGGCACGCUGUUCAGCACCCUAAUGGAGACGGGGAGGGGCGGCGAGGACGCAGCCGCCACUCUGCUCGACUUCUCAGGCCCGCUGGGAUCAGGGAGGAGGACGGAGCAUCCUGUUUUCCCGACGCAGCGUUUCCUGGAGGAGGGAGACUCGUUUGUGUCGCUGGCCGUGGAGACGGCUCUGAUUGGUUUAGGGCAGCAGAGGGUGAUGCCGGACGGCCUUUACGCUCAGGAGAAAGUGUGUCGCAACGAAGAGCAGCUAUUGGCCAAGCUUCAAGAAGUCGAUUUAGACGACACGUUGGUGAAGAUCUUCCGGAAACAAGCCGCUUCCCUGCUAGACGCUGGUCCUUACAGUGGUCUGGGGGAGUUACUCUACAGAGAAAGCGUCCCCAUGCACACUUUUGCCAAGUAUCUCUUCACCUCCCUGCUACCUCAUGACGCCGAACUGGCGUACAAAAUUGCACUGAGGGCCAUGCGGUUGCCGGUCCUGGAGUCCACGUCCCCCUCUGGUGACUUGUCUCGGCCUCAACAUAUAGUGUCAGUGGUGCCCAACCGCCUCCCCCGCUGGUUCACUCUCAGCCACAUAGAGACCCAACAGUGUGAACUGGCCUCCACCAUGCUCACUGCUGCUAAAGGCGAUGCUCGUAAACUCGAAACAGUGUUAGAGUCCAUCCAGAAGAACAUCCACUCCUCGUCCCACAUCUUCAAACUGGCCCAGGAUGCCUUCAAAAUCGCCACUCUCAUGGACAGCCUGCCGGACAUCACGCUGCUCAAAGUCUCCCUGGAGCUGGGUCUUCAGGUGAUGAGAAUGACGCUGUCUACCUUGAACUGGAGGAGGAGGGAGAUGGUGCGAUGGCUGGUCACUUGUGCUACUGAAGCUGGAGUGUUUGCACUGGACAGCAUCAUGCAGAGCUGGUUCACCCUCUUCACCCCGACCGAAGCCACCAGCGUCGUGGCUACCACCGUCAUGUCCAACAGCACCAUCGUACGCCUGCAUUUGGACUGCCAUCAGCAGGAGAACCUGGCCAACUCCGCCCGCACCCUGGCCCUGCAGUGUGCCAUGAAGGACCCCCAAAACUGUGCCCUUUCAGCUCUGACGCUCUGCGAGAAGGACCACAUUGCCUUCGAGACAGCCUAUCAGAUUGUUCUGGACGCGGCCGCCACAGGAAUGAACUACACACAGCUGUUUACAAUAGCUCGUUACAUGGAGCACCGCGGUUAUCCUAUGAGGGCGUACAAGCUAGCAACAUUAGCCAUGACUCACCUGAACCUCAGCUACAACCAAGACACACACCCGGCGAUCAACGACGUGCUCUGGGCGUGUGCGCUCAGCCACUCGCUGGGGAAAAACGAACUUGCAUCCGUCAUCCCCCUGGUAGUGAAGAGCGUGAAGUGUGCCACCGUCUUGUCGGACAUUUUGCGGCGAUGUACGUUAACGACGCCGGGCAUGGUGGCGCUGCACAGUCGCAGGAACUCUGGGAAGCUGAUGCCUCUGGAAAAGGCUCCACUCAGGCAGCUGCUGGACGCCACGAUCGGGGCCUACAUCAACACGACACACUCUCGGCUGACGCACAUCAGCCCACGCCACUACAGCGAAUUCAUCGAGUUCCUCAGUAAAGCCAGGGAGACGUUCCUGAUGGCGCAUGACGGACACAUUCAGUUCACACAAUUCAUAGACAACCUGAAACAGAUAUACAAAGGCAAAAAGAAACUCAUGAUGCUCGUUCGAGAGAGAUUUGGGUGAUUACACGACCAAAUCGCCCUUUUGGAUUGUUGUUUUUUUUUUUUUUACAUCCUUUCUAACUUGAAGUGAAAAUCACCCUAAAGACAACAUUCAUGAAAAUCUCCUAUGAUUUGGCACUGCGUGGUUGAAUGUGAUAAUGAACACAAUUUCCUGAAGGGGAAUAAUUAGACUGGGAUGUGGAAAAAGUCCCUUUCAUUCACAAUGAAUAUUUCCUCCCUUUUCUUCCCACGCAGGAGCACAGACUUACUGGACAUCCCAUCAUGAUGGGAGUAAGAUAGGAAAUAGGUUGUAGGGUACAUUUUCUCCUAGAAAUGACAAGUUUGGAAUUGAAGAAG